UUUAGUCAAAGAAACCUCAAGGAGAUUCCAACUUCCACGUGAGAGGUUACAAUAGGCCUAACAUUUGAAUGCUGUUCCGUCACACAACCAGUAGCAGACCAAAAACCGACCUUGGAUUCCUCACCCCUCUAUCCAAUUCAAUGGCUGCGAUCAUCUUUCCAGCCUUAAUUUGAGUAAUUCCCUUCUCUCUGCUAUUUCUUACGUUCUUAUCCUUUCAGGUUUCUCAUUUCUGCCCUAACCUUUAUCUUAAACCUUCGCUUCUUUACCAAAGAUCAAUCUUUUCGCAUACCCACGUCAUAAUUCUUCACAUAUGUUCAUGAUCGCUUCAAAUCAUGAAUCUUGUCGAACCCUUUUCUGAGGUUUUAAGAACACCCACAGCUCUUGUGGAGAUGUUGAUCUUUCUGGGUCCUGUUUCUCUUGCUUUCUUUAUUGGAAUUAUAGUUGGAUGGGUGUGGAAACCCAGAUGGAUUAGCUCCGGCGAUUGCAAAUUCAAUUGGCCGGCAGUCGAGAAUCAAAUAGUUGGGUCAAACUCAAACCAGAAUCCUCAGCAACAAUUGAUACAAGCUGGAACGAACGAUGGUUUUAGGUCUAGUGGCGUGGAUGGAGAGAUAGAUAAAGAAUCCUUCAAGUUGCCAUCGACGGAUAACCCGAGUUGCAGUUCAUCGAUUAUCAAUAAAGAAGAAAACCAUCUUCUUGCUGAUGAAGACUUAAAGCGUCUAUGGUAUCUUGUGGAGAAGAGAGACGGAGGUCCACCAUGGAAGCAUAUGAUGGACCGAUCAACCCCCACUAUGACAUGCCAAGCAUGGCAAAGAGAUCUCGAGACUGGUCCUCCUCAAUAUUGCAGCAGAACUGUUUACGAAGACGCAACACCCGAACUUUUGAGGGAUUUCUUCUGGGAUGACGAUUUACGUCUGAAGUGGGAUGACAUGCUUCUGCACUCCGCCACCCUGGAAGAAUUUCCAGGGACCGGAACGAGUGUUGUACAUUGGAUACGCAGGUUCCCCUUCUUUUGCAGCGAUAGAGAAUACACAAUCGGCCGUAGAAUCUGGGAACUUGAUGGAUCUUUUUACUGCGUCACAAAGGGAGUGCCAUGUCCUUUAGUUCCAAGAAAGAACAAACCACGUCGCGUUGAUGUUUAUUACUCAAGUUGGUUCAUUCGAUCUCUCAACUCAAAGAAAGGAAACAACAACAACAACCAAACUGCAAGUGAAGUAAUAUUCUUCCAUCAUGAAGACAUGGGAAUUCCAUGGGAGAUUGCAAAGUUUGGAGUAAGGCAAGGAAUGUGGGGAACAGCUAGAAAAAUCGAGCAAGGUUUCCGUUGGUACCAAAAGGAAAGAGCUUCUUCAAAGACAAAAUCACAUCAUGUAACCAUGGCUGAAAUGAGUACCAAAAUCGAUCAAAAUUACUUGAGUUGUUUAGAAUGUUGUGAGGAAGAUGAAGGUGUUGCAGAGACUAUAAUGGCAGAUGAGAAAGAGAAAGAAGGGGGGAUGAAUUUGCCAAAGAUUUUGGUUAUUUGUGGGGUGGUUGUUCUUGCUUGUAGUCUUGAUCGUGGGCUUUUGACAAAGGGUGUUGUGGUUGGGGUUGCAAGGAGGUUUGGGAAUUUAGGAAGACGGGUGUUUCCGGCGACACGAUUGUGAUGGAUUUGGUGGUGUAAUAAGUUGUUAUAAUUUGGUAGAUUCUUGAUAACAAAUGAGGGUAUACAAUGUAUAGAGUAGUGUAUAAUCAAAAUGUUCAUGAUAUGUAACAUAGUUACCAAUAUGUGGAUUUUUUUUGGAACCUAUAACGAAAGUUUAAGUAAAAAAUAAGAAAAAUCAUGUGUGGAGUC